GGAAUAAAGUGUUAGAAAUUUUAUUAGAUUUAUUCGUUAUUAUUAUCGUUACGAGCGCGCGCGAGCACGUGUUUUCUUUAAACUGUGUAUAUGUGAGUGUGCGUUUUUAAUUCAAGACUAGAUUUGAAUUUUGAUAAAAUGAACUCGAGGAGAAAUUGCAUUUGGCGCAUUGCCGGAGUAUUUCUUAUACUUUGCUGUCUAGAAUUAUCAUUGAAAGCUUGCACGGCCGAAUCAAAUGUAACGCGAUCCAAUUUAACGGAUGAUGAAGAGGAAGAAGAACCUGAAAUAACCUUUGACGAAUUCAAAGAAAGAUAUAGAAGAUUAAUACCAUAUAUGGCCUUUUAUGCAGCAAACAAUAAUCUCAACGUACAAUGGGUACCUGGAAAGAAUUUGAUAAACGUGCCAUCAUCUAACGAUGUUUCAUCCUCGAGAAGAUCGCACCAAUAUCCUUUUUCUAGAAUUAACAACAGUGGCUCGAGAAACGUGUUGAAUAAUUUUAGACCAACGAACAACGUUCAAAAUCAAUUGAGAAAAUUUGUUCCCUCUGUUCAAUACGAUCCAAACGACGGGAGUACUGCUGAUAUUGAUUAUUUCAUUCCGAUAAGAUACAAUUCUAAGAACAAUCACGCGGAUUAUUCAACGUCUGGUUAUAAUUCGCAACAGGAACAAAAACAAUCCCACACUGAAGUAAAUAAUCCUGGUGGUGAAAUUUUACCGAAUGAUUAUCGUUACAUCAGACCAAUUCGACCAUAUGUAACAAGUAAUACGAGAGAAUACGUUAAUAGGAAUCAAGGAUUGAAAUCAACUCAUACAAAUUUACCACAAGAUUACACGUUCGAUCACGUAAGCGGUUCUAAUGGUAAACCUAUCGUUGAAAUUAAUUAUCCUAGUGAAAAUAUCGAUUCUAUUCGAUACAUUCCGCAAUCGGUAGUUUCUACUAAAGGUCCACAACAAGCAAUAAACAUUCUUGAUAAUCCUUCUUCUCUUUCUUCUUCUUCUUCUUCUGGAAGACAACAGAUCAACUUACCGCAAAGGAACUUAAAUUUAAUUCAUUUAAAUCCAAUAUUAGAAAGUUUUCAAUUGGCCGAACGUCUCCCCGAAGCCCUGGACAAAAAUAAUUUGGAUGAUAGUAUAAAAACGCUUAUCGAAAUAUUAAACAUUCUUCACAACGCUAAGAAGGAGGAGUUUCCUCAACUAUCACCUCCACCCCCCGCGUUAUCCACUAUACCAGCUGCAGUUAGACCUAUUCAAAGACUACCUAACAAUUACUAUCCUACGAAAAUACGUCCAAAUACUCGACCAAAAGUAAUUACCGAAUCGAGGUUCCCAACGGUACCAGCGUCUUUGUUAAUACCGGAUGAUCCGGACCGUUUCAAACCGACGUCUUCUUACGUGAACGAAGUCAAAACUAAAAUCGUAGUAGCACCUUCUUACACGCUUGACGAUUACAAAUCUACGCCUUCCUACAAUGACAAUGAAUUUCGUGUUACACCUAAAAUACCCGUAGAACAAUCCAGUUACACGUUUACAAACGAAAACAAUGGUAAGAAAGUCGUACAAUUUAACACGGCUUAUAAACCGCUUGAUCAUUCUCAAAACAAUAAAAACCCAUUGGAGAUCUCGACCCAACAUUCUUACGAAAUUACGGAAGAUUUGAGCGAUGAUAUAAUUGAUCCAGGUCGUUAUACCAUACCGCAUAUUGUUGCUGAUCCAACAACAACAGAAACUCAACAAAGUGUUGCAGAACAUAAUGAAAUUUCGACACCCCGGCCAGAAUUAAAUAACGCGUCCUUGAAAUACGGCGCUACGCGAGGAAAACCAAACGUCGAUUAUCCAACUUAUGCUGUUAUACCGGAAACUGAAUUCAGUUGCAAGAAGCAACGAUACAAAGGAUUUUUCGGUGACCCCUCGACGGGUUGUCAGGUAAAAUAAAUUUACUUUAAUCAAAAUAAAUUCGACAAUUCUUGAUACAAUUUUAAAUAAUCUUUUUUUUCUUUUCUCCUUUUUCUUUUCUUUUUUUUCUAGGUAUGGCAUUACUGUGAUCUUAACGGUGGAAAAUCGUCAUUCUUGUGCCCGAAUGGUACAAUCUUCAGUCAAGUGGCAUUGACCUGUGACUGGUGGUUCAACGUCAAGUGCGAAUCUACCACUCAAUUGUACGUUCUCAAUGAACGUCUCUACAAAUAUAUCCUUCCGAUAAUGCCGAAAUUCCCCGAAGACUUUACCGGGCCGGAAGUUGAUCGAUAUUUAGAGUUCAAGUUCAAGGAAAUGGAAGCUAAGCUAAAGGAAAAGAAAUUAAAGAAACAACAGGAAAAAAAGGAGAAGGC